AUGUUCGAUCUUAAGAAAAUAGUUAGACCAAAUAUUCUUACUCUUGAACCGUAUCGUUGUGCAAGAGACGAUUUUAAAGAGGGAAUUCUUCUCGAUGCCAAUGAAAACACCCAUGGACCAGCUUUGAACCAACUUUCGGAAACCGAAACUUUGCUUGAAUUGAACAGAUAUCCUGAUCCACAUCAAUUAGACCUCAAGCAACAAAUUGUUGAUUUCAGAAAUGCCAAACCUAAUGUCAAUCUCAAGAAUCCUGAGAAAGACGGCUUGUAUCCGGGCAAUUUGUGCCUUGGAGUUGGGUCAGAUGAAAGUAUUGAUAUGUUGUUAAGAUGCGUUUGUGUUCCUGGAAAGGAUAAAAUGUUGAUUUGUCCACCUACUUAUGGAAUGUACUCUAUCUGUGCUACUGUCAAUGAUGUUGCGAUAGCUACUGUCCCAUUGAAGUUUCCUGGUUUCCAAAUUGAUAUUGAAGGAAUUUUAGCCAAGGUUCAAGAAGAUCCAAGUAUAAAAUUGUUAUAUUUGACUUCGCCAGGUAACCCAACCGGUCAAUUGCUUCGUGUUAAAGAUAUUAUUGAAUUAUUAGAGAAACUGUCUCCAGUAUGGAAUGGGUUGGUUGUUGUUGAUGAAGCUUACAUUGACUUUACUCAAGCUGAAGACGAAAGAUAUAGUGAAUCAAUGAGUACACUCUGUAAUCAAUAUCCUAAUCUUGUUGUCUUACAAACAUUAUCCAAAUCGUUCGGAUUGGCUGGUAUAAGAUUAGGUAUAACCUAUUGUAAUGAAGAACUUUCAGGAUACUUGAAUGCCAUGAAGUAUCCGUAUAAUAUCUCUUCAUUAACAGCAAAUAUUGCUAAACGUGCUACAGGUGAUAAAACCGGAUUACAAGUAAUGUCAGAUUCAGUUUCCAAGAUUAUCAAACAGAGAGAGUAUUUAUUGCGUGAGUUAACCGCGUUGCCUCAUGUAGGCAGAAACAUCGGUGGAUUAGAUUCUAACUUUAUUUUGCUUGAAAUUUUGGAUAACCAGGGUGUUCCAUCCAAUGAAGUUGCCUUUACUGUGUAUAACAAGCUAGCUGUGGACAACAAUGUCGUGGUUAGAUUCAGAGGAAAAGAGUUGAAUUGUACUGGAGCACUCCGUAUUUCUGUUGGAACUGAACAAGAAAACAAAACUUUGGUUGAAAAGUUUAAGCAAGUUUUACAAAGUGUUAAUGGAACCAAGUAG